AUGUCUUCGGAAGAAUUCGAGAAGUUGCACGAAAUGUACAAAUCUCUUUACGACGAACUGAGGCUAAUGCCGGAGAGGGCUCUGAAAUGCCACGGAGAGGAGAGGAAGAGGCUGGUGAGGACCUUCGAUGAGAGGCAGGGGGAGGCUGAGGAAGUGUUACAAGGAAUGGACGAUGAGCUGCGUCUGGCCCCCGCCUCUUUCAGAAACGCCAUGAGCACGAAGCUGCGCCUGUACCGCAGAGACCUGGGCAAGCUGCAGAGGGACAUGAAAAGCUCUUCGCCGGGGUUCGGGUCUUCCUCCCUGACGGGAGGCCACGCCGGCAUCUACUCGGCGCAAAACCAAGAGAGCGUGAGUGCGGCGCUGUCUGUGACACACACGGAGCCGACCCACCUGCAGUCGCAGCGGGCUCUGCUGCUUCAGGGCACCGAGUCCCUCAACAGCGCCACGCAGAGCAUCGAGCGGAGCCAGCGCAUCGCCGCGGAGACGGAACACAUCGGCUCGGAUAUCAUCGAGGAGCUGGGCGAACAGAGGGAGCAGCUGGACCGAACCAGAAACAGGGUGAGCCCAGAAUCAGGGCUCCGCCUCUCCACAGAAGUUGACCUGAAGCUGGUGACAAACAAGCUGCUGCUGGCUGUCAUUAUUAUCAUGGAGUUGGCCAUUCUGGGAGCUGUGGUUUACCUGAAGUUCUUCCGGAAAUGA